UAGGGUUAAUAUAGUUAGUUAUUCUUUUUCUGGGUGUGUUAAUGCGUAAUUUAUUCAGGCUGGGAUAGUAUCUUCAUGUCAGUGAAGUGAUGACAGUUUACUGAAGGGAAAGCUGUCCCUCAUAAUGUGUAUCUGAUGUGUGCGUUGUCCAUGUUUUUAAGUGCAACCAGUGCUCAUCAUUCCAUGAGUCAAAUUGUCUACAAUGGAAAACCAAGAAAAAAUAUUUGAAAUGAACGAUUUCAUGUCAAUGAUAAUUAGAGAGGGGCCAAUGCUGCAGCAGAUUACUGGUGAACAUUCACAGGCACUGGUUAUUGUUUUCAGGAAUGUAGGCAGAAAGUGAAAAUUCUAAUGAAUUCUUACAUAACUAUGUAACAAUGCAGAAAUUUGAAUCCAAGGAAACACAUAAAGGGAUUUUUGAAAAUAAUCAAGUUUACUUAGUUUGAAGUAAACUAAGUAGGUUUUUAAACUGAAGAGCGAUAAGGGUUUCAUUGCUGUCAAAAUGGCAAAGGCUGUGGAACACAUUGCAAUCCAAGUACCAGGUACACUUUGAAUGAUUAAGACAGUAUGAUUCAGAGUGCAUUGAAGUAAAGAGAAAUUUUUAUUUUGAUAGACCUGUGCUUUGGUCUGAAAUUGAGAUUAUAAUGGUUCUUCUAAAAGAAUUAAGGGUAAUUACACUUAUUUAUAAUGGUGCACUAGUGCUGGGCAUUUUGUGGAUCUGCCUCAUGGUUAUGUUUACUUGUUUGUUAUAUAGUAACUUAAAGACACAAAUACCCACAAAAUGCCAUCUGUCUUCAUACCUGGCAUACCAUCAGCAUAUUCCAGACACGAGCCAUCUGACAAGUAAUUUUCCAUAGCAGAACUGAUCACUGAGUGCUCAGAUGUGGCAGUUACUAUAUUUCUAAGGGUGAUGGAAUAUAGUAUGAGAAUAUGAUAUAAAAAUAUAAUUGAGAUGGAUCUGGAUUAAUAGAGGAUGGGAAAAGAAAAACAAAGGCUGAAGGGAGAGGUCUGCGUAAAUGAGAAGCAGCCGACGUGCUAGAUCUUAUCAGAUGUUUUGUCUCUCAAAUGUGCAUGAAGAAUGAAUGAAAAUGAAAAAGAAAUAUUUAAGGAGAGAAUUCUACUUUUCUAGAGCUGUAAAAGUAAAAAGAAAAUAUUUACGUGACACAGAGCAAACUUCUUCCAGUCUUUUGUUAGGAAAGACAUGUAUUUACAGAGUUUGUAUCUAUCCUGUAAAACCUCAACACACAGCUGGAAGCACAACAUAGAUCCCAGAAUUAGGGGAGAGACAAACUGAAGAAGCAGCUGCCCCGAGCUGUCACUAGUACUCCUGCCUUACUUUGUACUUGGUUGAAUUGCUAAGAUAACCAAUCUUGCACAGGUUGAAUCCAGAAAGUUUCCAAGAACUGAGUUAAUUAGUGAAAUAUCCUAAAGUUAACUAACUCCCCUGCCAAGAAAUGGGCUCUUCCAUUUUCCUCACAUGAUUAUCUAGGCACUUUCACUUUUCCAUAUAUAGGAGCAGCUCAGGGACUGACAGAUCAAGCUAGGUAGGGAUACAGACUUCAGGCACAUGCGUUCUCCUUGUGUGCAUGCACAGAUGCAAGUGUAUGCUGCUUUCACACACUGAAAUUCAAGUCAGCGAAAGAGGUGACAAGUGAAGACAGUGAUAGUCUUGCUGAUAAAGAACCUUCUCCUUAAAGAGAAGGCACUAAAGGUAGAACUCUUCAACCACUGUUUGUAGUAAUUCAUCAGGAAAAGCAUCACAACCAUGAAUGGACCAGUGGAUGGUUUAUGUGAUUACACGCUGGAUGAUGAAGGGGCUUUCAUGUUCACAUCGGAGUCAGUGGGAGAAGGACAUCCAGAUAAAAUCUGUGAUCAAAUCAGUGAUGCUGUACUAGACGCCCACCUCAGACAGGACCCAAAUGCCAAGGUUGCUUGUGAGACAGUAUGUAAGACAGGAAUGGUGUUGCUCUGUGGGGAGAUCACGUCUCGUGCUAUUGUGGAUUAUCAGCGAGUUGUCCGAGAUGCAAUUAGACAUAUUGGCUAUGAUGAUUCAGCUAAAGGCUUUGACUACAAGACUUGUAACGUUUUAGUGGCACUGGAACAGCAGUCACCUGAUAUUGCCCAAGGUGUUCAUCUACACAGGAAUGAAGAGGAUGUUGGUGCUGGAGAUCAGGGUUUGAUGUUUGGUUAUGCAACUGAUGAAACAGAAGAAUGUAUGCCUCUAACAAUUAUUCUAGCUCAUAAACUGAAUGCCAGGUUAGCAGAACUGAGGCGUAAUGGAGAACUUCCUUGGCUGAGACCUGACUCUAAGACACAGGUCACAGUUCAGUAUACCCAGAAGAAUGGAGCAGUGAUCCCAGUGCGUGUGCACACCAUAGUGAUAUCUGUGCAGCACGAUGAAACCAUUUCGCUGGAGAACAUGCGCAGAACCCUGAAGGAACGUGUGAUCCAAGAUGUUGUCCCUGCAAAAUACUUGGAUGAGAAUACUGUUUAUCACCUUCAACCUAGUGGGCGUUUUGUUAUUGGAGGGCCUCAGGGUGAUGCUGGUGUCACUGGGCGGAAGAUCAUAGUGGACACUUACGGUGGCUGGGGAGCACACGGAGGCGGUGCCUUUUCAGGCAAGGACUACACGAAGGUGGAUCGGUCGGCCGCGUACGCAGCCCGCUGGGUGGCCAAGUCUCUGGUGAAAGCUGGGCUCUGCCGCCGUGUCCUGGUCCAGGUUUCUUAUGCCAUUGGGGUUGCUCAUCCACUGUCCAUUUCAUUGUUCACUUAUGGAACUUCCCAAAAAACAGAGAAGGAGCUGCUGGACAUUGUACACAAAAACUUUGAUCUUCGGCCUGGAGUCAUUGUCAGGGAUUUGGAUCUGAAAAAACCCAUUUACCAGAAGACUGCUUGUUAUGGUCACUUUGGAAGAAAGGAAUUCCCAUGGGAAGUACCUAAAAAACUUGUGUUUUGACAUUAGCUGUCACCUCUUAAAAACAGAAAGGAAGUCCACUAAUGAUGAGGGUGCUUCUGAAAAUCAAAUUUGACAGCUUUGCAUUCAACAAAAGGAAUUUUAGAUUUUAAAUGGAAAGAAAGAAAAGGAUAUUUUCUUGGAAAUUGAUUUUUUUUAACCCUCAGUGUCUUUUAUUAUCCAAGAUAUAAUGGACAGAGUCUGUUUUUUCAAUCAGCAUAAGACAACAAAAUACAGUUUACUCUUAACUGCUGCUCUGUUGGUUCUUUUCAUAAAGACAAAGUGUGACUCAGGUACUCAAACCAAUAGAUGAACCUCAAACCUUUGAUGGGCAAAGGUGAAGACAACUUUCCCAUCUCUGACUAAGGAUCAGCAGAUCUCUUGCUUCUAAUUAGAUGAUGGGAAAUUCUGGGGUCCAAUUUCCUUACUGGAGUUAGCAUUGCAUACAGCUGGGGGUUGCUUUGAUGGGAGAAGGCUGAAUAUCACACAACCCUAUCUUGGCCUCUUUUGUAAAAGAUAUUAUCCUAUAUGUAAUAUUUAAAUCACUGUCACUGUAUAUGUGCUGUUAUUGUUGUGUUUCAAUUACCUGUGUUUUUGAAACAUAAGUGGUCUCCUAUGAAACAACAAUCAUAGAAUAAAAAGCUUUUUCCUACCCUGAAUGUAAA